AUGGAUAAGUUUCAGGCGUUCGGAAAGAACCUGAGUGCGAACUUUUCGCCCUUCGCUGCGCGCACGCAGCAGAUGAUUAAAGAGCAGCUGGGCCAGGCCGAAGACCGCACCCAACUCCCCGAUGAGUACAUCGAGCUCGAGAAGCGCGUGGAUGCGCUGAAGCUGGUCCACCAGAAGCUUCUCCAGGUGACCUCCCAGUACUCCAACGAAGCUUACGACUACCCCCCCAACAUCCGUGAAUCCUUCAACGACCUCGGCCGCACCAUCAGCGAGAAGGUCCAACUUCUCUCCCAGGCCGCCUCCCCCGCCGAGGCGCAGGCUGCGCUGUCCGCUCCCCCCGUCGACAAGCCGCAGCCCAAGACCUUCAACCACGCCAUUGCCCGCGCCUCGCUGUCGGGGUCCCAGACGCUGGCGCAGAACUCCACCACCGGCGAAGAUCCCCUGGCCUCGGCGCUGGAGAAGUAUGCCCUCGCGUCGGAGAAGGUCGGCGAGGCCCGUCUGUCGCAGGACGCCCAGAUCCAGUCGCGCUUCUUGGCCGGAUGGAACACCACGCUGAACACGAACCUGAUGUUCGCGGCUAAGGCCCGACGCAACGUCGAGAAUGCCCGUCUCAUGCUGGACUCGGUUAAGGCGAGCAAGAAGGCCCAGGCCAGAGGUGAUCUGGACAACCUGAGCGAGGAGGCCCGUGCCGAGAUCGAGCAGGCCGAGGAUGAGUUCGUCGGUCAGACUGAGGAGGCUGUCAGCGUGAUGAAGAAUGUCCUCGAUACCCCCGAGCCCUUGAGAAACCUGGCGGAUUUGAUCGCCGCGCAGCUGGAGUUCCACAAGCGGGCAUAUGAGAUUCUCAGUGAGCUGGCUCCUGUGGUCGAUGGCUUGCAGGUUGAGCAAGAGGCCAGCUACCGCAAGAGCCGUGAGGGAGCUUAA